CCCGAAAGCUUUUUUUCAUAAAAAUAACGAUAAUUACUUUGGAAAAAAAGAAAGUAACGAACUAACUGUAUGAAAUCGUAUUUAAGUGAUUCCUAAAGCCCUUUUAAUAUUAAUCGCACGAACAAUAAUACUUUAAGAGAUACUUUUUGUACAUUUUUUUCGAUAAAACAUGGUUAUAUUUUCCCAUUUUGGGGGGGCUUCAGCCCGAAAGCCCUCCCCAUCCGUAGAUCCGCCCGUGCAAUGUAGUACAAUUGUAUAGAAACUCAACAAUAUAGGAGGUAGAUAUUUCCUGAUUUUAUAAUUUGUGUUUUUUAACCUUUUUGAAUUAUUGAAGGAAGUUAGUCGACUGUUCUACAUACUAUGCAUAACAGUCAGGAAGUAGCCAUUGUGAAUUUUUUAAAUAUAUUUUUUAACCUUUUAAGAGUGUUAACUUGCUCCAGAAUCCAGCAUGUCUUUUCUAAAACUCAGCAUAAACAGCUGUCCCUCUGUGCUGGAUUCAAUUGAUUAAUGGAUGCCUUCGAUGAAAUUAGCGCUUAGGUUAGGAACUUUCUAUAAUAUAAUUAUAAAGUUGUUAUAAAAUAUUAAUGUUUAGACAAGAAUACAGAAUUAUGAAACUCUUAAAACAAGCAAUUAUUUUCAAAAUAAUGAUUUUUACAACAAAUUGAUUAUACACCGUUCUCAGCGAUUUCACAGGCUACAACACAAAUAUGAUAUCUAAGCAACAUGUCAACACAUUACUUCCAGAUCUACAGAGUUUAUCUAAAUUGCUGAAUUGUGGUGGUGAUGAAUCAUCGUCAAGUGAUGACGAACUGCCGAAAACAGGAUAUAAUACAGCCGGUCCAGGAGACAUAUUCCAGAAGGUAAAAAUAACAGGAAAUGAGGUAGGUCAUAAUAUAAAUACGAUUUCCGACGAUCCUAAAAGUAUUUGGCAUUUAUCAGAAGUGCAAGAAGUUCCAAUUUCCGAUGAUGUUUUAUGGGACCCAAGAGAAAAACCUAAAUAUGACAUUAUGUACAAACAAGCAUUGAAGUCUGAAGAUAUAUAUUUACAAAUGUCAAAUAAGAACCCUACAUCAGCAAGUUGUGAAAACUUAAUUAUUACUGUAACUAUGAAAGGAGAAUGCAAAAAUGUUAUUGACUGUAAUGUUACAAGAACUAAUCUUGACAUAAGAAGCCCUAUGUACAGGUUAAAUUUACCUUUGCCUCAUCCUAUUGAUCCAGAUUCAGCAACAGCAGAAUGGCAUAGCUCUUCAUGUCAACUAAUCAUAAGCUUGCAGAUGAAGAGGGAAUAUGACUUCAUGAACUUUUAGAAAAUAAAGGAUUUAAGUUGAACUGACUAUAUUUAUAUAACAAUGUCUACAUAUAUAAGUACAUUUUACAUUGUACACUCAAUAUGUAUAUAUAUAUAUAUAUAUAUAUAUAUAUAUAUAUAUAUAUAUAUAUAUAUAUAUAAAUUUUUAUGCAUAUAUUUAUUUAUUUAUAUAUAUAUAAAAAAAGUAAAAAUAUGUUUAAAAAGUUCCAGAUAAAUAACAGAAAAGGAGUAUAACUACAUGAUUUGAAAGUAAUUUUUAUUAAGAAAGAGGCUUUAUUUUUUAAUGACACAAAAACAAUGAGUAUGACUCUAGCUUGUGCAAGAAAAGUGACAAUUAUGUAUGAUGUAAUUUUAUUAACAAAUUUUCAUUCACUAUACAUAACAUGUCCCAAUUUAGAACAUAACAUGUUAAUAAUACAUUUUUCGAUUGUACUUUAUAUUUAUAAGGUAGGCACACUUUAUAACUUACAAAAUAAAUAAAAAUGAAACAAUGCCUCUUUGAAAAUCAAUAAUAAAUAUUAAUUAGAUUUUAAUCUAAUCUUCAUUUGGUUUGGAGAAUAAACUAUUUAUUUAAGCAGGAAAUGUAAUGACCUAAGCUACAUAAAAUUAAUGAUAUAAUACUUAUGUAAUACCUCUAUUCAGACUAAAAAUUAUGCUUCAGUUACGUAUCCAUAAUUAUGAUGCUGAAGCAUAAAACUUAGUCUUAACUGUGGUGGUUGUGUAAAAUAAGAGUUGCAAUAUGAAUAAUAUAUCUGAGAAAACAUGGAACAAUUCUGAACUUAUAUAAUACAAUUUACAACAGGGAUGCCACCACUAUUGUUGUGAUGUAUAAAAUUUUCUUGAUAAUAUGCAUCACACACUUCCUUCUUGAUAAUUAAAUGCACAAACAAUGCCGACGAUGAUAAUUGAUAAAUACAUCCCAGUCUUAGUCGCACGGCAUUUACUCUAAAAGACUAAGCUUUUUAUUUACAAUGUUCUAAUCUACUACGAGCAGAGACUUAAAUAUCUGUCCCCUUCACCUUGUUCUAAUUCACUUUACAAGUCAUACGUUCACAUAUACACAUAAUUUUAGGCUAAGAAGCUUUUAAUUUAUAUUUACAAGCUGCUUUUAAUUGUUUUUUUACUUUUUGUCAUUUAAUUUUUUUACACACCGUAUUUAUACAAUGGGAUUAUAACUAAAUCGAAAUAUAAGAUGGAGCUGUCUUUGUUCAAAUUAAUGUUGAAAUACUAAAAAUACUGUGACAGCACACAACUUAUUUUCAAUAGAACUACUUCCUUAUUUAUUAUCAGGCUUUUUAACACAUGGGAAUAAUAUCCAGAUCACAAAUAACUAAAAUACAAAUAAAAUUAAAAAGGAAUCAAAGGAAUCUGACCAAGGUUCCAAUUAAAAAAAAAGUACAAAAAAUACAAAUAGCAAAAUCAACAAAUGUUACCAAGUCGAUUCAAAAGUGAAUGCUAUCACAGUUUAGACUCUUACAAAUACAAACAAUUGGUUGAAAAAACAAAUUAGUGCAUUACUUGUUCAUGUUCAAGCUAACACAACACAACAGCGUAAAACACUUAAAAACACACAAAUGCAAACUAACAGAUAAAACAUAAAAAUAAAAAGCAUAGUAACAAAAACUGACUAUAAGAAUAACAUUAAAUUUGUAAGGACAAAAAAUAAUUUAUUUUAGAAAAUAGACACUACAGCAAUAAAAUUACAUUAGUAUAUACAUAAACAUAAGUUUUUUAAAAAUUAUGAAAUUUUAAUUGAUAAGAUAAUAAAUAAUUUUUGUGCUGUAUAAUCUAUUUUCAUAAAUUUGUAAGUCUUUUGCUGUUGGUCAUGAAAUAAGCGUAAUGUAAAAACAUUGAACUAUAAGCUAUAUAGUUCAGUGUUCUAAAGAACCAUAAUUUCAAUCUAAUGCACCAGUGUUUCUUAACAGCACACUUUACCUACUUUCACUUCAAUUAAUUUCCAUGUAAAUUAUGAACCAUAUAAACAGACUUUAAUUUAUCUUUAAAAAUAUAUACAAAAUCCUGUUAUAUAAUGAAUUAUUUCUUCAGACAAGGCAUAAUGUGUUAAUUUGACCAUGGAAAAGAGGCAAAAAUAUAUGUGCAUACCAUAAAGACACAUAUUUCUCUUUUGCAAGAAACAAAAGUGGAAUGGGGCCAUUAUGCCUCUGUUAAGGGUGGCUGUUCUUGCUGCUGCUCAAGAGAAGCUGCUCUUUGUCGAGCAGCUGCUGCUGCAGCAGCCCUUCCAGCACUGCUUCUAAGAUUUUUCCUUUCUACAACAUCACUAAUUGGGCUUUUUUUCGCCCUGACCUUUUUUUUCUUACUAUUUAUAUUAUUAUUACUUCCUUCUUCUUCUUUCAUAGAAUCAGUAGUGCUGUCUUCAUUUCCAACAACUAUAUCUUCUUUUUCACCUACAUCUUCAGGUGUGGGAUCUAAAUGAGGAGGGGGAUCAGGAGGUUGUUCUUGGAUAGUUGUAAGAGUUGGAGUCUUCAGGGUUAUUUCUUCAUUUAUUGAUUCUUCUACAUCACUCUUCAUUUUUUUAUUAAUUGAAUGAUCUUCAGGUACUGGCGUAGAUUCUCUUGUUCUCUUUGCACCUUUAUCUUCUUUAGAAGAUUCUUGGGACUGUGAUAUCCUCAUAAAUAGCUCUGUGGGACUCUUACUUAAUGAUUCUAAAGUUUCUUUCAUUUCUUGUUCCCUAAUUUUAUUUGUAUAACCAGGAACUCCUGCCAUCAAAUUACGAAGACUAUCAACAUCUUUGGAUUUAAUAAAUGGCUGCUGCUUCUCUCUUCCCUUGGUUGCAGAUGCUGCUGCUCUUGAUAAACUUUCUAAAAGAUGGGUAUCUUGAGGUAGCAUGAACUGUUGUGAUAGUGGUGUUCUUGCUCCUGUUCUUUGGUUAGUUGAAGAUGAUGACUGAGUAGAACAUAAUGAAUUAGUAAUUGUAGAUGAGGUUCUACUAGCUAAUGAUGUACAACUAGCAUUGGUUGUCUUUAUUCCUCCUCUAUUUGCUGUUGAAGAGGCAACAGAAGUGUUGCAACCUAGAGUUCCAUUCAGAAGAGCAAGGCUGUCAUAAGUGUUUGUACUUCCAGGUGCAAAUGGAUUGAGUCCUCCUAAGCCUAAUGGUGAAUACAAUAAAUUAGGGUUGGGAAAAAAAAAUGGAAGUGAACUUGGUAAAUUAGAUGAGGCCGAUGAUACAGGUGUUUUUGAAGGAGUAUCAGGUUUUCUUAAUUUGGCUGCUUGCUUAGAAGUACUUGCUCCAACAUUUGUAACAGAAGUUGUACUAUCAGUCAUUGCCUGUGAAUUAGGAUCCAUGCCUGACAAACCUGGUAAACCUAGUCCAGCAAGGUUUGCAAAAAGUGAACUUGUUAAAUUAACAUUGCCAAGCCCACUCAUACUACUUAAAACACUCAUGUUAGGCAUACCACCAAAUGGCAGUAAAAGUGGGUUUUUCGGAUCAAAUCCUCCAAUAGAGAGACCGCUGAGCAAGGAUGAAGGAUUGAUUCCACUGAGUGAUGGAAAAGGUAAAUUAGAAGGUGUACUGACUGGAGGUGAGGCUCCAGGUGGGCUUGAAAGUAGUGGUGGUCUGCCUGGUCCUUUCUUUCUAUCACCAGGAGGUAGCCGUUUCUGAAGAUCGUGAGGUAAAUUUCCUCUCUCCUUAACAAGUUCUGCCCAUUUAGGAUCAACAUCAAACAUUGGAUUUUCCAGUAACCAUUGUGCAAGGCGUUUGAGCUGUGGAGCCUUGGAACCAGUCAACUAAAAUAACAAUAUAUAUUUUUAGAAGAAUAUUAUUGGCUAAUAGUAUCCACACAAUUAAAACUGCAAACAUUUGUAUUACCUUUUUACCAGUUAUUCUAUUUAUCACAGAUACAUUUUCUUCACCAGUUAAUUUCUUCCAGUCUAAUAAGGUGGGAUCUACCCUAGGUCUCCUUCUUCUAGGUGUCAAGAAAUCAGCUGACAAUGGUUGUUCAGGCAUAACUCCACUUUGUUCUGCUAGCCAUUUGUUAACCUUUAAAAU